GUAGCUUCGGCGCCGAGGUCGGAGCGUCUGUGUGUGUGAGGACUGCGUUUGUGCUGGCUACUGCUGGAGAUGGAGCAUUCCCGGGCUGGUGGCUCCUGCACAUUCUUAUAGUUCUCCAGUCCUGUUUCGCUGAGGGAUCGUCUUGACGAGGCUAGUGGAGUCGAGGAGGUUGGUUACAAUGAUGACUUUGCACAGCCUGUGAACAUAUAAUAUGCAGUGCUGCACAAGUGGAGGUUUUUGCCACAAGUUGUAUGAGGAACUUGAUAGAAGUCAUGUGUGAAGGCAUCUUGACUUUCACAUCCUUGCUAAGGACUGUCCAGAGUGUUCCUGGUGUCUGGCUGGGAACUGUCUGAACCGAAAAGUCUUUUGUAUGGCCUACUUUCUUUCUGACUUAAGAAGAAAAUACCUGUAUGUACAUUCUCCUAUCUAAAAAUUUUGGAUUUAGAAGAUUCAAGUCAAUACAAAACAUUAAACUCUACAGAAGAAUGCAAUCAAGUGAUGGCUUUUUCUUUAGAAUUUGAAUAUGGAGGCCACAGGAACAGAUGAAGUUGACAAGCUAAAAACUAAAUUUAUAUCUGCUUGGAACAACAUGAAAUAUAGUUGGGUGUUGAAAACAAAGACGUAUUUUAGUAGAAAUUCCCCUGUAUUAUUGCUUGGAAAAUGUUACCAUUUUAAAUAUGAAGAUGAAAAUAAAAUGUUACCUGCAAGAUCAGGAUGUACAAUAGAAGACCACGUAAUUGCAGGAAAUGUAGAAGAAUUUCGUAAAGAUUUCAUUUCUAGAGUAUGGCUGACCUACAGAGAAGAAUUUCCUCAAAUAGAAGGUUCAGCUUUAACAACAGACUGUGGUUGGGGCUGUACAUUGAGAACUGGCCAGAUGCUGUUGGCCCAAGGACUCAUACUACACUUUCUUGGUAGAGCUUGGACCUGGCCUGAUGCUUUGAAUAUUGAAAAUUCAGACUCUGAAUCAUGGACUUCCCACACUGUAAAAAAAUUUACUGCGUCAUUUGAAGCAUCGCUUUCAGGGGAAAGAGAACUCAAAACCCCAACAAUUUCUCUGAAGGAAACAAUCGGGAAAUAUUCUGAUGAUCAUGAAAAGCGAAAUGAAAUUUAUCAUAGGAAAAUCAUCUCUUGGUUUGGUGAUUCCCCCUUGGCUUUCUUUGGCUUACAUCAACUGAUAGAAUAUGGAAAGAAAUCUGGGAAAAAAGCUGGAGAUUGGUAUGGACCAGCUGUGGUUGCUCACAUUUUAAGAAAAGCAGUUGAAGAAGCAAGACAUCCUGAUUUACAAGGAAUAACUAUUUAUGUUGCACAAGAUUGUACAGUUUACAAUUCUGAUGUAAUUGAUAAACAAAGCGCUUCUAUGACCUCUGAUAAUGCAGAUGACAAAGCUGUUAUUAUUCUAGUUCCUGUUAGACUUGGUGGAGAAAGAACCAACACUGACUACUUAGAAUUUGUAAAGGGUAUUUUAAGCCUUGAAUAUUGUGUGGGUAUUAUUGGUGGCAAACCUAAACAGUCAUAUUACUUUGCUGGAUUUCAAGAUGACAGUUUGAUUUACAUGGAUCCUCAUUACUGCCAGUCUUUUGUAGAUGUCAGCAUAAAGGAUUUCCCUCUUGAGACAUUCCACUGCCCUUCUCCCAAAAAGAUGUCAUUUCAAAAAAUGGAUCCUAGCUGCACAAUAGGAUUUUACUGUCGAAACGUUCAGGACUUCAAACGAGCAUCUGAAGAAAUCUCUAAGAUGCUGAAAAUUUCUUCUAAGGAGAAAUAUCCCUUAUUUACUUUUGUAAAUGGUCAUUCCAGAGACUAUGAUUUUACAUCUACUACAACCAAUGAAGAAGACCUUUUCUCAGAGGAUGAAAAGAAAAGAUUAAAAAGAUUUAGCACAGAAGAAUUUGUAUUGCUUUAAAGAUUAGCACCUUUGUGUUGAUGAGAAGAACUCCUUUGAAAGGGGAAAAAUGAAGAGAAAUGAGAAACAAAUAUAUUUGAAACUGGUUAUUCUCACAAAUAUUUUACAUGUUCUUCAAUUUUACAUGUUCUUUUAAAAAAGAACAUUUAAAAAUAUACAAGUUUAAAAUAUUUUUCUAAAAGAGAAAUGAUUUAAUGAAUCUUGCUUUCUAAUAAAUAUUGAGUGAUUCUGAUUGCAUUCUUCUCUAAGAUUUGCUAAUGAUAACUCUACCUUAACUGUACGCCUUUUAUUUUCAAAGUCUUUCACCUGAGCCCAUUGGUCUCCUGGAGGUUUUGUGAUAUAGGUCCCUACCACCCCUAAAGACCAGGAUCAUCAAAUAGUUUCUAAAAUUUCAGUUUGUAUUGAUAACCAGAAGACCAGAGACUGAAUCUUUAGUGUUGCCUAGCUUGCUAAUAACGUAACUGAAGGAUGCUUUUGGAUGUCUCUUGAUAAUUAAGCAGUAGUUGUUAGCUGUGAUAUGCAUACAGUUAUAUUAGCAGAAUUAUAAGUUAAGGUAAUACUUAGCAAUAUGAUUUUAUAAUGGCUCCUCAUUAUGCUUGCUGUUGAGCCUUCUAUGAGGAGUGAAUAUAAAGUAUUGGUUUUCCCCAUAAAUUUAAAGGUUAUGUUAUUAAUACUAACUGCAUCCAAUCAAAUCAGAUAAAGGCAAUUAUAAAAUAGUAGUAGUGUUUGUUUCCUAUCUCAAAAGUGAAAUUUUAUGGGAACUCAAUGUAUUAUGCAGUUUUAAAAUCUAAAGUACCAAGAAAGACAUCAGUAGAUGUUUCUCUAUGUGAUUUUUUGCUAUUUAUAUAAAGCAGCGUAGUAGUGUUUAAAAGCUGACACCAUCUGUAAGGUAAAUCUGCCUUAAGUGUAUUAUGUGUUCCUUAAAGGCAAAUUUGUGAUAUAAAAGUACAAGAGCCAGGAUAUAAAAUAAAUACUUUAAUAAAGAUGUGAGAAGAUAAAAUGCUUUUUGUUUUGGUUUAAUGGUGAGAUUAUUUUAAUCCUUUCAUUUGAAAAAUUUGUCCCAAGUGAAUUCUGUUUAUUUAUAAUAAAGGCAUAUAAUAUUGCUGUGAAA